GAAACCCCUCUUGAAAUUCUCAUCUUGGGUGGAGGCGUGGCAGGUCAGUCAUUCCCCAUCGCUGUUGUUUUCACAAUGCUAAUGCAGAUUGUGAGGCCUCACGGCUGCCAUGGCUUUGGCCAAGUUCUCACCUGAGUCCGCACCGCCAAAAAUCCGUGUCUUCGAGAUUCGUCCCAAGCCUGGAGUCAUCGGCGGCGCUGUCAACCUGACACCGAAUGCUCUGAGGCUGCUCGACCGUCUGGAUGUGUUACCGAUCAUGCGAGAGAACAACUACGGAAUGGAAAUUGACGCCAUUGAAAUUUUCAGUGUGUACCAACCAGUACAGCUGGGAGAGUCAAGCUUCAGGGGACCUGAAGGCAAAGGUCUUGGAAAUCCGCCAUACAAAGCAUUACGAGUCACACGUGCGGAUGUGAUGAAAGCUCUCGUCGAAGCUGUCGAGAAAUGCCCGAAUGUCGAAUUCACCUGCGGCAAACGAACAACCAAAAUCGACGAAGAUGCAGAGACGGGCAUCACAUUGACCUUCGACGAUGGUACUACAGCUCAUGGAGAUAUGCUGGUUGGCUGCGACGGUAUCCACAGCGCUACUCGUCUCAAGCACGUCGAGCCCGAACGAAAAGAAAUAUACUCUGGCAUCGCAAACGCCUUUGGCUUCGCACCUCUCAACAAGGACAACCCGAAGAUCCAGGAUCCGAGCCAAUUGCAUUUCUACAAGACGGCGAUCAACUUCGCACGCCGCGGCAUGAUGCUGUCGAGCUUCUACGAGCCGACCAAAACUUCGGUCUACGUUGGAGGUGUAUUGCAAGUGCCCGAAAUCGAAUCACGGGAUGGCUGGAAGGUACGCGGCGCUGAUCAAGAGGCUACGAAGCAGGAUAUGCGAGAAAGAUUCGCUACUGAUGACGUUGUGUUUGACGACCUCAAAGCUUUGAUAGACACGGCGGAAGACUGGUUCAUGUGGCCAAUUUCCACCCUACCGCCAGGAGGCCGUUGGGCUACAGAACGUACGAUGCUCUUAGGUGAUGCAGCUCAUGGUAUGGCGCCGCAAGGCGAGGCUACAGGAAUUGUACUAGAAGAUACGGUGUUGUUUGCGAGGUGUCUGGCAAGGCAGCAGGAGCUUGGUACCGGAGGCUUCAAAAAUGCGUUUGAAGCCUAUGAAAGAUUGCGAAGAGACCGCAUCAACGCAGCGUUUACAGAGUCUGGAGCUGUCAUUAAGACCGUACAAGACGCUGGAUGGCUUGGUCACAAGAUCAAAUGCUUUGUGGUGCCGUGGUUCUUGUGGUUCACGAGCGGUAAACGCGAGAAGCAUUUCACCGAGGAUGUCACCACAUCCGAUCUCGGCUUUUGAUAAUCGACGCAUGUAGACAUGACUCACGACUUCUAGCGUUAAUGAGCA